GGUCUGAUCCAACCUCCCGAGUGCUGCAAGCAGGCCGCCGUCAUGUCGAGACACUCCAAGAACAACACCGCUCUGGCGUUCUUCACCGCUGCCGAGAGAGCCGAGCUCGGCUACGGCACUCAGAAGCAACGACUCGGCCGAGAUUCAAUGAGGGACUUUGAUGCAUGCUUCCUGUGCCUACAAACGGCACGGAGCCCGCUCAGCUGUCCAAAAGGCCAUCUCGCUUGCAAGGAAUGCAUCUACGAGAACAUCCUGUCGCAGAAAAAAGAAAUUGCCCGCAAAAGCGAUCUCAAGAAGCUGUACGAGUCUCAGCAAGAGGAGGAAGUCCGCGCGAAGGAGCUCGUGCAGCGGGAACAGGAGAUUGCCCAGUUCGAGAAGACCCAGACCAAGCUGCUGGCGGCGACCGAGACGGAGGCCAAGGGCCAGAACAAGCCGGCUCUCCCGAGCUUUUGGACUCCGUCACUGACCCCGACAGCCAAACCGGACGCUGUCACGGAAGUAAAAACCGACAUCGUAUGCACCGCUUCGACCACACCGCACCCGAUCAUGCUGAAGAAGUUGGUCCCGAUCGUGUUUACGCCAGCAAAGGGCGCAAAGACCUCGGCCUCCAAAGUCGAGCACAUGUGCCCAUCCUGCCUGAAAACGCUCACCAACGGCGUAAAGAUGAUGUUCCUCAAGCCAUGCGGACAUGUGUUCUGCAAGCACUGCUGCCAAAAGUUCAUCAAGGAGCAACAAAAGUGCUUCGUAUGCGACACUCGCUGCAAGGACAAGGACAUGGUCGAACUGCAUACGGAAGGCACGGGAUUUGUUUCCGGCGGUGGCCAAGUCGAGGCGAAAAAGGUCACUGUUGCCUUCCAGUAAGUCCGGAUGGACAGAGCCAGUCGCACUUUCGAGAAAUGCGGCUCUCGAAACUGGUCAAAUACACACACCACCCAGCUCGCUCUUUCUGUUUGCCGUCCAUGUCAGCCUCUGAUGAGUAGCAGCU